CUGGCCACUGGGCGUCGCUGCAGGGAUAGUUAUACGUUUUUCAGCGGAACGUCAACAUCCGGCGACACGUCUCCCGAAUAGAACAGAGCGUCUUAGCCAACCCGCGGGGCCUUAGACACCGCUAGAGCUUCAGAUGGGGGAGGUGAGGAAGCUGCAGAAGAAGUUAAGGCAGAUUGAAAAUCUGGAAAUAAAAAUCAGUCUGAGCCCAGAGGAGAAAUACAAGAUCUCCAGGAAGGCGGAGCUGCGUUCCAGAUUGGCUGAGCUUCAGCUGCAGCUUUCUGGCCCGCAGCAAACUCUUGGGAUUGUGGGAGACGGAAAUAAGGAGAAGAUGAAAAGACAAGUGGAAGAUGCCCCCGAGACCCUUUCAUCACAAACGCCUCCAGCCUCCAAGAUCCUUAAGGGAGAAGCUGAGUCCAAAGCUGCAGGGACGCCAGCGCCGGCUGCCAGGCAGAGGGCGGCAGGAGGAAACGAAGGAGAGACGGCAGGACUGCAGGAUGCGACUGAACUGGCCAAGGUGUCACUUCAGAGCAGAGAGGAGUCAGGAUGCUCUCCAGAAGAACUGCUGCGGCAGGAAGAAGCAGAGUUUUCAUCCCUCAAAGCGUCCUGGGAGAAAGCGCGGUUUCGCUUGAGGCUCCUGGAGGGUCACAAUGACAUAGUCACCAGUGUGGUUGCUGUUGACAACCUGGUGGUUUCUGGAAGUCGAGACACGACGGUGAAGGUGUGGCACGUUCCCACGGCAACAGAGCAGAAGAACCUCGGGGGCCACACCGGCGGAGUCACUUGCCUGUCUGCGCCUCCCCCCGAGUAUUGCAGGAGGCUGGCCAGGUCCCUGUCCUUGUCUGACAAAGAGAGGUUUAUUUUGAGCGGCUCUGCAGACUGCAACGUGAAGAUCUGGGCCCUGAGCAUCGGGCAGUGUGUUAAGUCCAUCUACACGUUCAACGCCGUGACUGCGCUCUCCUUUGCGCCUGAGGGGGACGGCUGCAUCAUCACCGGUUCAGACGGGGGGAAAGUUCAAGCCUGGAGCUGGCACACUUUCCAAAACUGCCAGUCAGUCAAGGCACACGAGGAAGCAGUCACCUCCAUCCAGUCUCAGGGUCCUUUGGUGUUCAGUGGCUCGGCUGAGGGGGGGGUGUCUGUGUGGGAGAACCGGCGCUGGGAGAGAGAGCCCCUCCAGCUGCUGCACCACUGGAGCAACCAGGUGACGGGCCUCAGCAGGGGGCCGGGCGGCCGACUGACGCUCAGCCCGCGCGGGGACCGGGUGAUACUGGCGUACGGUCGAGCCUCCAUCAAGAUCCUACACUGGAGGACAGGAGUGAUAUCCAGGCUGACCAAUCACAGCAGCAUCACCGGCGUGACAGAUUGUGUUCACCAGACGGGGGGCAUCCUAAUUGGCUCCUGCUACGACCUGGCGAACGGAGAGAGCUCCCUUAACUUGUUCUCUCUGCCUCAAUGUCGCUAUCUGGCCUCCCUGACCUGGCCGGAUGCUCCCAGAAUCCUCUGCUUCGCGGCGUGGACGACUGGUAGCGGAGACCACCGCUGGGUGACCGGCGGCCGAGACCUCGUAGUGUGGGAGCAGCUCCCCAGUUCUGGGAAAAACAGGGGUGACGUCACGGUGAAGAGAGACAGCCUGAUGGACACGACGGUUCUGGAGUCAGAGUAUGACACCGAGGAAGACGAGGACACCAACGAUUACGAGGAUAAUGAGGACGGAGGGGCUGAGGAGGACGGCUCGCGUGGCUCGUGGCCGCGCUGCGUUCUCCAGUGAAGCUCAGGACUCCACGGCCUGCAGCCACCAGCAGGAAAUGAGAGGGUGGGAGAAGUGACAGACUGAGCGCCAGUCUGGGAGGAAGAGGAGGGGAGCAUAUGGACACGGAGAGAAUGAGUGACUGAGUGUGUGUGGACGUGUGAUAGGCAGAUUGUUUUCUCUGUAAAUAUUUUCACGUUCAAUAAAGCCGUCAAACUGUGA